AUGGCGGAGGUUGCCGACGAGGACCUACCCACCAGAUGGGAGAUCGAGCUGGAGGUAAGUACCAAUUGUUGGCUGCUAACGUAUCAGUUUGUGCAGUCGCUCGCUAAUAUGCAGUAUCUCACGUACUUAGCCCAGACGGGGUUCCUGGAGGACGAGAAGUUCCUUAACUAUCUUGAAUAUCUGGAAUACUGGCGACGUCCCGAAUAUGCAAAACAGCUAGUCUACCCAAAUUGUCUGCAUGUGCUCACCAUGCUGAAAAGCCCGCAGUUCCGCAAGGACAUCGCCAAGGCAGAGCUGAGCUCUGUGCUGUACAACGACAUGGUCGAGCGGUGGAAGGAGCCCUUGCGAGAACCUGUCAAGGGCGCCAAGGAGGAUCCUGGUACUAGCGGUCAGGAGCAGCCGCAGUCCUCGCCACAGAUCAAGAUCGAAGACACCCCCGACGUAGCCCAGGUCUCACCCGUACACGGGCUAAAAUAA